AUGAAUCGCUUCCCGGACAUCGACCCUUACGACGUGCUCGGCCUCAGCCCCGGCUGCACUGCGGCCGAGAUUAAGGCAUCGUACAAGAAGCUUGCGCUCAAAAACCACCCCGACCGAGCUCCUCCUGCAGAGAAGGAAGACGCCACCGCUCGAUUCAAGGUUGUAGGUCAGGCCUACGAGCUCCUCUCUGACGAACGUAAGCGUCGCGAAUACGAUGCUUUCCGCCCUGGAUCCACGCAAGGAUACACCCCAGCCGAGCCUUACUACGAAGACCGGAGCCGCCAGCACUUUGGCACGAGUCCGAACGGCGUGCCUUUCUCGUUCAUGUGGGAGUCCAGCGCCGAUUCCGCCAGACGAGCCCAGGCGGGUCGCCGUGCGGGUCGGCCGUUUGGUGCCGACGGCUUCGAUCCCUUUGAGCUGUUCAACAUGAUGUUUGGGAAGGAAUUCGGAUCGGCGGGUGGCGCUAACAUGGGCGGCAUGCCUGGACCCUCUCGCGAUCCUUUCGCAACGAUGAAUCAAGGUCAUGGGAUGGGCGGAAGCAUCUUUGGAGAGGACGAUCCCUUUAUGCAAAACCAUCGAAGGAUGGCGGAUACCAUGGGCUUCGGAUUCGGAUCCCCCUUUGGACCUCCACGCGGCCAUCCGGGCGCCCAUCCGGGUCAGCCUGCCCGCAUGCAGGCGACCGGACCCUUCGCCCACGGCUACACCACUAGCACCUCAACCAGCACCACCUACGGCGGCUUUUCCGGCACGAGCCAGAGCACAACAACGCGCACUGUCAAUGGGCGCACCGAGACCGUCACGCGCACCGUCGAUGGCAACGGAAACGUCACCGUCCACACUUCCGCACCCGAGGGAAGCUCGGUCCACAUCAACGGCGUGCUACAGCAACACCAUCCUCUGCUACCGACCGGCGCCCCACCUCAUACUUUCGUGCAUCCUGCUGCCGGACCAACACCUCCCAAUCACACAGGAGCAGGGACCGCCGACAAUCCCAUCGUUUUUGAUACAGAGUGA